AAGUCCUUUCAAUUUCGACUCAAGUCAAUGCUAAAAUUAGCCUGAUGAGUACAUAAUUUUCUCGUUUAUGUUUGUUUAGAGCUAAAGACUUUUAGAAAUAAUGAAAUCAGUGAAAAUGAUGAGAAGGUUUUGUAAAGUUCCUACGCAAAGUUCAAAUGUUUGCUGUCAUAAAAAACCGAUUAAGUUACAUGUUCGAUACAGUGCUUCAGUGGGAAGUGAAAACUACAGAAGGUUUUGCCCUCUCGUAACAAGUAUCCGAAAUUUAGGCCUGGGCCCUACCUCGAAGGACUUCGAGGAGCAUACCCAGAUAUCUGGGCCUCUUACGAAAAUGCACGCAAACGAGCUUGUCUUACGCUUGAACGACGAAGAGAGAAAGAUGUUAUUUAAUGCUUUACAGGAAUACGCAUCAAACAGAAUUAAGGAGGAAUUUGAAGACAAAUUAGCAGGUCAAAGGUGGAGAUCCAAGCUUGGCAGACCUAGCAAAGUCCCCACAUUAGGUGAUGUUGACCCCACAGGCUGUUACUGCCCUGUUCCAGAGGACUGGCUAAAGAAAAAGUAUGCUGCAACUGUUCAAAAGCCAACCACUAAAGAGCUAUUGCACUUGUCACUAGCAAAUUCAAUACCCUUCAUUGGCUUUGGUUUCUUGGACAAUUUCAUCAUGAUUAUUGCUGGCGACAGCAUCGAGAGCAGCAUGAGCGCGUACAUCACGCUGUCGACGAUGGCGGCGGCGGCGCUGGGCAACACGUUCAGCGACGUCAUCGGCAUCGGCUCGUCGUACUACGUGGAGCGCGCCGCCGUGCUGCUGGGGCUGGGCGCGCCCAAGCUGUCGCCCGUGCAGCUCGACAUGCCCGUCAGCCGCCGCUUCUCCAACAUGGGUCGAGUGCUAGGCAUCACACUGGGCUGCUUCCUCGGCAUGACUCCGCUGCUGUUCAAAGACGACGAAAAAAAACCCGAAGUCAAGCAGACUUGAACCUGACCGACUGACCGUGCUGCAGCUCUGACCGACUUUACCACUUGUAACUAUAUUGUAUCUGUAGCUUUACACGCUGUAUAUGACUAUCACACAUAUCUACCUACUUGAUAUUAUUGUAUCUUGUGUAAUGUAUGUACUUAUCGCGAGUCAUAAAACGCUUCAUCUUGUAUAGUGUAAAAUAUUUUUAAAAUUACUAUAUUCACAUUAGUGUGAAAUAUUUUAAUAAAAUCUUAUUAAGACAAGUCACAUAUUUUCAAAUUUUAAUAAGAUAGUUUUUGCAUUGCCUUAUACUUACUCAUUGAAAUGUAUUUAAAGAUGAAAUCGAAAUUGUAAGUACCUAAUGUUUUACCUACGAGUAUGUAUAAUUUAUUUAAUUAAUUGUGCCAUUAUUUUACCAAUUCAACUCUAUUCAAUAAAAGUCCGCCGUAUUUUAUGUAUUUAUUUACGUCUUCUAAAUAGAUAUAGGUACGAAGACGAGUGUAGUAUUUAACUUUCGGACUAUUGAUUAGUUUAAUUUUGUUAAGUUAUAAGAUAUCCAAGGCCUCGCAAUGUGUAGCUUUAGUUUACACAUAUUGAUGUUUGUUUAAUAUUGCUUUAAUUAGGUCCUAAAUGUAAAAAACAUGGAAAUUAUUUUAUUAAGUAGUAUUGCAAGGUACCUACACCAUAAAUGUCGUAUUCCGCUAUUGUCGUAGCUGUUCGCCUUUCAUGGAUGGGACGCAGUGUAUUUUGGUGAAAAAAUCAUAUCUAUACUUAUAAAACUGGUGUAAUUCAUAUAUAAUAAACGUACAACAAUAUACAUAAAAAACUGCAUCCCAUCCUACCAGCGUUCAGUUUUCGUAUACCUGCACACUUUAUUAUAUUGCAAACAAGAGACUUAAGGCUAGUCUGUUACAAAUAAAUAAUUUAUGAACUGACCACUAAAGUGGGUGUGUAGUGAAAAUGACUAGAUUUACAAAACACGACCGUGAAGAUCGGUAAGAUCCGCCCAGGCCCGAAUCUCACGAGGCCCAUAAAAAUUACGUCCCCCUCUGUUCUUCUAUGACCCAAACCCCGCCUAUAGCAAAUUAAAACCCUAACUGGAAAACAAACUGAAGUCGCCUAGAUUGAUAAGUUUUAUACAUUCGCCAUUUUGGAUUAUAAAGUGAGUCAUAUAUAAAACGCGAUAACAAUCAUUUCAAAAAUCAUGUUUUUCACUUUUGGUACACAUCCCCUGCUGAAUCAAGCUGAAUUCUUGUAAUUUAAUUAGAUUUAUUAAGUAGAUAAUUAAAGGUUCCUUUAUGAAACCGAAUUUCAUAAAUAUGUAAAUUUAUAUUUCUAUUCCAAUUAGUAAAUCAAUUUACUGACAUGUAUUAUUGACUUUUAACUGAAUAAAAAUGCAAAUGUAAG